AUGUAUCAGGAUCAAGUGGAAACGAAGGACUUCUACAAGUACCAGGUGUGGUACUUUGAGAUCCUCGGAGUCUGGAGGCUUCCCACUUGGGCCACGGACCAACAGCGCCGCUUUCAUUACCUUCGGUUUGUCUUCAUCCUGGUCAUCCUUUGCAUCAUGCUGCUGCUCUUUGCCUUGGCGCUGAUAACCAGCAUUUCCGAAGUGCGGGAGAUCAUGAAAGUGUUCUUCAUGUUCGCCACCGAGAUAUCCUGCAUGGCUAAGCUAUUGCACCUGAAGGUGCAGAGCGAAAAACUCGCUGGUCUCGUCGAGAUGAUGCUGUCCUCAAAGUUGGCCGUUAAAAGUGAACAGGAAAGGCGGAUUUUGGAAUCGGCCAGAGUGACGGUCGUCCACAUGAGGAACUUCUAUGGCAUCAUAUGCAUUGUAACGGCCUCGUUGAUCCUCCUGGUUCCCUGUUUCGACAACUAUGAGGAGCUACCACUGGCCAUGUUCGAGGUGUGCAACAUCCAGGGAAUGAUCUGCUAUUGGCUGCAGUACCUCUAUCACUCCAUGUGUCUUCUGUCAACUUGUGUCCUCAAUAUUACCUACGAUUCGGUGGCCUUCUCACUGCUCUGCUUUUUGAAGGCGCAGCUCCAGAUGUUGGUCCUCAGAUUGGAGAAGUUGGGCCCUGUGGUUGGACCUCGGGACAAUGAUAGGAUUGCCAAGGAGUUGCGCGAAUGUGCCGCCUACUACAACCACAUUGUGCAAUUCAAGGAUCUGGUGGAAUUGUUCAUAAGAGUACCAGGAUCCGUGCAAGUCAUGUGCUCAGUGCUCGUGCUGAUAUCAAAUCUGUAUGACAUGUCCACCAUGUCGAUUGCCAAUGGCGAUGCCAUCUUCAUGGCCAAGACCUGCAUCUACCAACUGGUGAUGCUCUGGCAGAUCUUCAUCGUUUGCUACGCCUCCAACGAGGUGACUGUCCAAAGCUCCAGAUUGUGUCACAGCAUCUACAGCUCCCAGUGGACAGGAUGGAACAGGUCGAACCGGCGGAUUGUCCUGCUCAUGAUGCAGCGCUUCAACUCACCGAUACUCCUGCGCACCUUGAAUCCCACCUUUAUUUUCAGCUUGGAGGCCUUCGGUUCUAUUGUAAACUGCUCCUACAGCUAUUUCGCUCUGCUCAAGCGGGUCAACAGCUAGAUUUCAAUCUGUAAAAAGCGGAUAGCACCCAUGUACUUAGCGGAGUAGCAACACUGGGGAUAUACAGAUUGAGGACUUACGUCAUUGGGUCGAUUUGCGAUUUGCGAAGUGCAACAAGAUAUUGAAAUA